UUGCCUUGUCUCUCUAUCUUCCAAUCACUUUCAAUCUUCCUUAUCUUCACUCCCUUUCCCUUAUCAUCAUUGCUCACCUUGUAACUUUCCUACCUUCAACUUAAAAGGGGGAAAAAAGUAAGUAGACUAGUAAAAAAAAGGCGAGAAAAAGAGAGAGAGAAAAGGUUGGGAAUGUCUGGAAUAUUUGCACGUCGAUUGGUUAGUUUUGUAGCUAACAAUUCUUAUAACAAUCAGGUUUCGUUGAGUUUCAGAUCCACUUUACCAACAACUUUGCGUCCAUUAAUUCAAUCUUGUGUCCAUUUUUCAUCUAAUUCAGACAACAAAAUGUCGAAUCCACGUGUUUUCUUCGAUGUCUCCGCCGAGGGUAAAGAUAUUGGCAGGAUUGUAAUCGAGUUACGACCUGAUGUCGUUCCAAAAACGGCUGAAAAUUUCCGUGCUUUGUGCACAGGAGAAAAGGGCUUUGGUUACAAGGGAUCAAUCUUCCACAGAGUAAUUCCUAAUUUCAUGCUUCAAGGCGGUGACUUUACCAACCACAAUGGAACUGGUGGUAAAUCAAUUUACGGAGAAAAAUUCCCUGACGAAAAUUUCACACUCAAACACACUGGACCAGGUAUCCUUUCAAUGGCCAAUGCCGGACCAGGCACUAAUGGAUCCCAAUUUUUUAUCACUACUGUUAAAACUGCAUGGCUUGAUGGUAAACACGUCGUUUUUGGCAGUGUUACCGAAGGAAUGGAUGUUGUCAAAAAAAUCGAGGGUUUUGGUACUCAAAGUGGCAAACCUAAGACUAAGGUCACAAUUUCAAACUGUGGACAACUCUAAAUUUUAAUCCAACUGAACAAUCUUUAGCUCUAGAAUUAUCUUUUCACUUUCCCAGAAUCUUUUGUUAAGGAACUCCUGAUUUAAUACCAAUUGAGAAAAACAAAAUAUAUAACUAUCUGAAGGAUCAAAUUUCUCAUUCCUCAAAGCGAAAAUACUAGAUUAGCCCCAUUCAAAGUUCACUAUAUCUGAACAUGUUAUUAUCUUCUUACAGCUAAUAAACUUUUGAAGCCAAUAA